UUCGUUUCUUGGUUAGGGUUCGUGUUCUCCACCAUGGCGCCUCGGAAGACCAGCGAGGCUUCAUCGCCAUUAUCGUUAACCUCGGAAGAAAAAGAAGGUGAAGAACCAGAAGAGUAUGAGGAAGAAGAGGUAGAAGAAGAAGUGAUAGUAGAGGAAGAAGUCGAAGAAGAAGAAGAAGUAGGAAGUUUAGAGAAAGAGGAAGCCUUGGAUGGAGGGAGUGUCGCAUCGAUCGCUGGAUCGCUGAACAAUCUACGAAGUGUGAACGAUGCGACGUCUGAAUUCUUCCGGCAAUACGAUGGGCUGCAGCAUGCCCUUGAAGUUAUCCGGACCUCCAUUGAGGAGAAGAUCGAGAAAUUCAAUGCUUUCCGACCUCAAACCCAGCAGGUAAAUCAGGCAUCAGAUCCCCAAAUGGAAGAGAAGCCAGUGGUGCAGGAGGACGAUCGUCGCUCAGAAUUGGAGAUCAUUUGUGAUGCUAUGGGGAGCAGGGCACUUCGCAGAUACGUGGCCUCACGCCUCUCUGAUGUUGAACGCCUCCGAGAGGAGGUCCCUGCCGCGCUGCAGCGGGCUCCCAACCCGCCUAAGCUGGUGCUUGGCUGUAUGGGGAGGUUCUACCUUCAGGGAAGCAAGGCCUACACUCGCGAGUCUGAUAUGGUCUCCUCGCGCCGCUCCUGCGUCCUUAUCCUUGAGUUCUACCUCCUUUCUGGUUGCGCCUCCAUGAAAGAGGAAAUCUUUGAGGAGGCCAGGGUCGGAGCCCUCGCCUGGAAGGCCAGAAUCCUCAGCGAGGGUGGGUACUUAUUUGCUAGUGAAAUUGAUGCACUCGGUCUCAUCCUUUUCCUUGCCUCAUUUGGCAUUCCACGGGAUUUUGGUACCAAGGAUUUCUAUGCCCUGCUUCAGCGCUGUAACCUGAAUAGCAAAGUCAAUAUCCUCCGCCGCUCAACUAUCCUCAUUGACAAGAUGCCUGAAAUCCUUAAAGAUAUGUUAAGCAACAAAAUGGAUGUUCAAGCUGUUGACCUUGCUUGUUCUUUUGGGUUUGAGAAAGAAUUCCCCCCUAUCCCUUUGUUGUCAUCUUUUCUUGAUAAACACCUCCAGGCGGCAACUGGAGAUCGGAGAGGGCAGAGUUCUCUUAAAUCACAGAAAGAACUCAAUGCGAAGGAAUUGGCGGUAUUGGAAUCUGUAGUCAAAUGCUUGGAGGACCACAAGCUUAAUCAAUCUCAGCUAGCUCAUUUUGAAAUAUAUAAGAAAAUUGCCAAGUUAGAGAAGGAUAUCUCAUAUGCAGAGAGAAAGCUAAAAGAGAGAAACUUAAAGAGAAAAGCUGCAGUGGGUGGAUCAUUGCAUGCAACUGAAACUCAAACUAAACGUCCUUGGCCUGUUACUGCCAAUGUUCCGCAUGGGUUACCUCUUCAUCUGGAUCACGGAACCACUGUUCCAUCUGAAUCCAGGGGACAAUAUAACGAUCUGUUUUCUGGAAACAAACCCUACCAACAUCGCACUGAGCCAUUGGGGCCAAACAUCCACGGGCCUGCAGCUGUCGGUAGCAGUCUGCCUGCAGUUGCGAUAGGUGGUCCUGGGCAUCCUGAUGGGAGCAACAUAGGAUCAUUGAUGCAUACCAUCGGACAUCUAUUUGGUCAUACAGACACACCAUAUACUACUGCAAAUACGGCAAACCAGGAUUUAAGCGGGAUGCCAUAUACAGCUGGAAAUGAUUUCCCCCGGCCAUACGGUGAGAAAAGCUUCCCAGGCCCAUCAGCAGCAGCAGGACAAAAUAUACACCAUUAUCAAUCACAUUUGUAUGGAUACGGAACCCAUGGCUCAAGUUUAAAUAUGUAUCAGUUUCCAGAUACUGCAACGGAACAGCAGGCAUACUAUGACCAGGUCACUCACUCUGCCCAGCAGAUAGGUGCCAACUCUACUUAUCCACCAUCUUAUCAGACUUGAGAUAGCAUGCACUCUGAUUUCUUUAAAAUUUCAGAGCCUCUCCAAAUAUCAGGUAAAAAAAGCUCCAUAUUACUUAGCUUCUGCGCAAGUUUUGGGUUGAUUGUAAUUUUCAUAUUUAAAGAUUCUGAAGUCUAUCAGUUGUUACUGUGAAUCCAAAUGGUUCUGGUCACCAAAUUAAACAAGUAAAUCAGAGCAGUGAAAGCUUUAACAUAUAUCUUGAUAUAUUUAUUGUCAGUCAUUGGUUUUA